ACGUGUGAUGUGACGUCACCGACUCAUUAGCUGUCCGGCAGCAGCAGCCAGGGAACUGAGGAGCUGGAUAUUAACGGCGCUGCGGGACUUUUAAACAGCGAUUCGUGGCUGCGGGCUGUCUUACGGAAAUCGUGACUGUCCCUGGAGAAGCGGGACUGUCGGGCGGUAUGGGACCCGUUAUCCAGAAUGCUCGGGACCUGGGGUAUUCCGUAAUUGGGAUCCACUACUAUUCAUUUAAAAUGAACCAAACAAUGGGCUGUAAACUCUCCAAUGGCAGCACCUGCAUUGAUCACCUGACUGAUGUUUGAUCCUAAAAGGUUGAUAAUUGUGGAACAGUUAUUGUGCUAAAAGUUAAAAAGGACUGGAUGUUUGCCCCGAAUGUGGACCAAUGAGAAUGCGGUUCACAGUGAGAAAGGCGCUGUUCAUUGUGUCCUCUAUAAUACUGGUGGCAUUAGCAGUGCACCUUGGACAACAAAUGCUAGAAUGCCAACAAAUUCUUGAUGAAAGCUAUGGCAAAAGAAACCGGGGUGUUAUGAAGCCAGAGAAUGAAGAAUUAGUCAUGGUGGACACAAAUAAUAUAGAAUACAGAUACAGCAAGGACAUGCCCCUCAUAUUUAUAGGUGGAGUACCGCGGAGUGGUACAACAUUAAUGAGAGCUAUGCUCGAUGCCCAUCCAGAUGUCCGCUGUGGCGAAGAGACUCGUAUUAUUCCCCGUAUUUUAGCGAUGCGGCAAGCAUGGUCGAAAUCUGGCAGUGAAAAAAUGCGCCUUGAUGAAGCUGGUGUGACAGACCAUGUGAUGGAUUCUGCCGUCCAAGCAUUUAUAUUAGAAAUCAUAGCCAAGCAUGGAGAACCUGCCAAAUUGUUAUGCAACAAGGACCCGUUUACUUUAAAAUCAUCCGUGUAUCUUUCAAAAUUAUUUCCAAAUUCAAAGUUUCUUUUAAUGAUACGUGAUGGGCGUGCCUCUGUACAUUCCAUGAUAACCAGGAAGAUAACAAUUGCAGGGUUUGAUUUAAACAGCUACAGAGACUGCCUCACCAAGUGGAACAAAGCAAUAGAGAUAAUGUAUGCCCAAUGCUUGGAAAUUGGUGAGCGAAAGUGCCUUCCAGUAUAUUAUGAACAGUUAGUUCUGCACCCUAAGCAAACCAUGCGUUCAAUUAUUGAAUUCUUGGGUAUUUCAUGGAAUGAUGCAGUUCUGCAUCACGAGGAGCUGAUUGGAAAACCUGGAGGAGUAUCACUUUCAAAAACUGAGAAGUCAACAGACCAAGUAAUGAAGCCAGUGAAUCUUGAGGCUCUAAUAAAGUGGGUUGGGAAAUUACCAGCAGAUAUAGUAGAUGAUAUGGCUCGUAUUGCCCCCAUGCUUGCAAGGCUUGGGUACGACCCCUUUGCAAACCCACCAAAGUAUGGAAACCCAGAUGCCAUGGUGGUCAACAAUACUCACAGAGUUAUGAAGGGAGAUUUUAAAACUCCUAGCAACUUAAAGGGAUAUGUGAAGGUUCAUCAAAAUAACUCUUCAAACUGGUGAUUUUACAGCAAUUCAGACAGUGAAUUGUUUUUCCUUAAGAAGAAAGAAGAACCUCCUUAAAGGAAACUAAAUAUCCAAGCAUAUUGCUUGUCAGAUGUUGCCAAACUGUGACUGCCCAGAGCGAAUGUAUUUGCACUUGUUUGUACGCUGGAAUCUUUCCAAUCUCACAGUAAAAACUGACGUCUCCAGCUUCUCUGAAUUUACUGUGAAAGUUAUCUGUGGAUCUUUUUACUUGCUCUUCAAUUUGGAAACUGUGUGACCAAGCAUUUUUUUUUAUUGAAUUCUAAGUAUUUUUACACCAUUCAAAGCACUAGCACUCCCAUUGCUUUUCCAUAUGCACAGAUGGACAGACACACCACCUUUUAAACCCCCUUUUUAAUAUUGUUUUAAAGUAAGCGUCAAUUUUUUUAAAUUGGUGUCUCAUGUCUAAUAUUCCAGUUUUUACUAUUAAAAUGUACAUUAUCAGUGGUA